UGAUAUUUGCAAGCACUAGUCUAACAAUAACAAUGGUACCUAAACCUUUAACAGAAAAAUCUGAAAAAGAUAGAGUAGCAUUUGAAAUCGAUAAGAAAAAUGAGAAUCCAGAAGAAACUGAACAAGAUGAAUUGAGCAUUCCUGAUUUGUCUCCUUUCGAUCGAGUGAUUACCAAUGCCGAUUUAGCAGCACAGGCUCUUAUUCAAGAAGAGAAACAUAUGCUAGCCAAUCAAGUCGGGAAAUUAGUGGAUUAUUGCUACAUUUUGAAGGCCGAUCUGGAAAAAAAGCAGCAAGAGAUUGAGGAAUUAAUGCCCAAAAUUGGAGAGGCGAACGAUCGAAUGACGCAAGCCAUGAAUGUUUCCCUUACCUCAGAGAGGACUGUACAAAUUCUUCAAGUUGCACUAGGUAAGGCGUGGGGUGAGGUAGAUGCAUCACGACUGCGUGAGCAAACAAUGCAAGAACAAAUGAGUGAAAUGUAUGCGAAGUUGACAACACUCGAGGGAAAACUAAAGAAAACCCAAAAAACCGAGGGGAUGGGGGAAAUGACUGAUGUUGGACCAUUAGCUAACAAAAAAGAAACAAUUCUGCGUGAGAGAGAUCGAUUGCAAGCUGAAGUGGAGGAGUUGGACAAGCGACUCCAUAUGCAAAGACUGUAUUCAGAAAAUGUUGAAAAAUUCAGACAAGACGCCGAAGCAGUGAAUACAACUUUAAUGCAAGAACUAGAGUCUAGUGAUACCGAUAAAGUCAAAUUUAAGCGAAGAAUUCAAGACCUUCAUUUAAGCAUAGAAAAGGCAAAGGACACUAACUUAGGAUUAACGAAGAGGAUUAAUUCACUGGAAAAUAGAAUAGAAGAUUAUCAAAAGCAGUUGGAAGCGAAAACAUUUGAAUUGCAGAAUAUGCGAUUACAAUUCGAGAAAAUGAAGUCCGAACAAGCAUCUUGGAAUGCAACUUUGGUGAAGAGAAGUGCGGCUUUGAAUACGUGCACCCAAGAAAACCGAUCUCUCUCUGAACAGCUUCGAACAAUACUCAAUAAAUUGAAGGCGAAAGAGUAUGAAGUGUUGGAAAUAAGAAGAGAUUGCAAGAAAUCUGUUGCCAAUUUCGACCUGGUGGUCUCUCGCUUAAAUAAAAUGAGUAAUGCACGGAGCAACCUGAAUAAAUCCAUUGUGAUUUUAAAGAACGAAAUCUCGAAUUUGCAAAAGGAGAUUACUCUAAAUAUUAAAGUGAUCGCGGAGGAAAGACAUGAAAAAGAUUCAGUUAUUCAUGAAAGGGAUUCUUUAAGAAGUUCAAUUGCAAAGCUUACUAAUGUCAAACGGGAUUUAGAGCACUCCAUUAUGCUUAAAAAUAAUGCAAUUGAAAGAUUUCAAGAUGACAUUAACAAAAAGAAUAACAAACUGGAUGAGCUUAAGCAGAACUUUGAUCUGAUUGUCAAAGAACGAGAUCUAAAGGCACAGGAAAUUGAGGUCCUUAAUGAUAAGGUUGACGAUCUACAAGAAAGUUUAACUUUGAAAACUGAACAAAUAAUAGAUUUGAAAAAUAAAGCAAUUGAAAAACAUGCGCUGUAUAUGAAGACCAAGCAGAUAUUAGAAACGACGAAUUCAGAACGGCUUGUAUUACGACAACAACUUCAGGCGUGUACUGAAGAAAAGGAUAAUAUAAAGACCCAAGCGGCGCAUGUUUCCUAUCAAAUAUCCCAGCUGAAAGAAGAAAUUUCAAAUUAUCAAAAUAAUAUCUUGACGUUGAAUCUAGAAAUUGAAAAGUUAUCAAAGGAAAAGCAGGAGCUGAAAAUGGAAAUUCGGAACAAAACUUCUGUUUUGAAUAAUAUCAGAAAUGAGUUGAAGGACACGAAAAAGGAAAAUGAUCACCUCUACAAAACUCUCUCGGUGGACGAAAUUCGACUCAUGAAACAAGCAAUUAAGCUGGACAACACAAUGCACGAAAAGGAUCUGAUCGGAUCUCAAAUGAUACGGAGAAACAACGAGAUAGUUUUAUUGAAAGAACAAAUAUCAAUUUUAGACAUUGCUCUGCAACGAGGUCAGAUGCAGUAUAAUCACCGGAUCGAAGAUAUAAAGCUACUGAAACUGGAAGUCAUGAGGUUACGAUCGCAAAGAAAUGUUUUGACUCGGGGUCUGGCCAAUACAGUUGAUAUGCGGCAUGAAGUUGUACAAUUGAAUAGAUUGUUACUACAAGAACGUGUAACGAAUACCGCUCUGAAAGAAGAGGCUGUUUCCCCCAUGAACAUCCAUCGUUGGCGACCUUUAGCAGGACGUGAUCCGGAGAAAAUGGACCUAAUUCGAAAGAUAAUUGGCUUACAAAGGAGGAUGUUGAAAAUGCAAGUGCAGGCUUCAAAGCGAGAGCAAGACCUACAACAAUCUCACAAACUGUACAUUCUGCUUAAGAAUUAUAUUGAAAAGCUCCCCAGCUAUAAAGUGAAAGAAGAUUUAGUAGAAACUCAGAGGAUGUUGAAAAUCCGGUCUAGGAAGUUGAAAGCGAUAACAGCCGAAAUGAAUACUAAAGAAAUUGAAAUCAAAUCCCGGGAAUGCGUCAUAGAAAACUUGAAGACAACGCUCAAAACAUCUGAAAUUCAAAUAAACCAGUUGAAGAAAAAAGCCCUGAAAAUUGAAGAUGAAAAAGGACAAGGAAAGACUCAGGAGGAAUUAUUACCAAAACGGCAGACUCUUGGGGCGGGUUUUAGGAUUGAGUAUCAAUGAAGUUUGACUAUCUAAUGGGAGAUGAUUCUGAACUAUUUAUUUAGUCUAUUCAUGUAUUUAUCUUUUAUUUAUUACAACAAUAAAUUGCUUAUUGGCCCAGUGAU